GAGACUAAAUAUAUCUUUGAAUUUAAUUAUAGAUUAUAGUAUUUAUAGCUGCUUGCGUCCCCAUUUUGUCAACUUAUGACUAUUUAUAGCACACCACGCGAAAAAAGGCCAACGUGGAGCGAACCAAACAACACAAUAACGUGAAGUCCGAAACAAGGUGUAAAAUGUGUUCGUGUUCUUUUUCCCUCUGUAUUUAAAGCUUCAUCAGCGCAAUGAUCAGUACACACUUAAGGGAUCAUAUCUCCUGAACACUGAACACAAGCGGUAAAAACGGGAAAAGGUAUUGGAAUCGACUAUACACAAUUGCAGCAAUGAGUUUCACGGCCAGACACAGAGAUGAGCUAGAAGACAAGGGCUACACGGUUAUAGAGGACGCAGUGCCCAACCACAGAGAGCUCAAGGCAUCCUUCUUUCAGUGGAUGACAGACAUGUUCGGGGAGGGGGGAACUCCAUACAGUCAGUAUUCCAUUGUGCGACACUACCAUGUCGGCCACCUGGAACCCGCCUGGUCAGCUCGGCUGCAGGUGAAGAAAUUCUUCGAGGCCCUCUGGGGCACAACUCGCUUGUUGACGAGUGUAGACGCUGUGGCGAUUGGCCAGCCACCAGAGAAGGGCGUGGAAGAAUUCGACAGCGAGCAUCAGCAUUGGCUACACGUGGAUCAGGGGGCGGGGCGAGAGAGUUUGCACGCCUAUCAAGGGGCGGUCUAUCUAGAAACGGCUGACCACGACGACUGGACGUUCGAGAUGCUAGAAGGCUCUCACAAGUACCACUCCGAGUUCUACUGCCACAACAAGAAAGCCGCCAUGCGCUCUUCCCUUUCCGACUUCUACGGGAUGAGGCAAGCCGACUUAGAAUGGUUCCACUCCGCAGGCUGCAGACGGAAGAGGGUGCCGGUCAAGGCUGGAAGUCUUCUGUUGUGGGACUCUCGUCUGGUGCACGCUAAUGCCAGGCCGGUCAAAGGGCGGGAACACACGGAUAGGUGGAGACUGGUGGUUUUGGUGUGCAUGACCCCAUGCGCGUGGUCAACGGAGGAAGACAUUGCCAAGAAGAAAAAAGCCUAUAAGAACCUGGAGAUGACCACUCACUGGCCCAGUGAUGACAUAGGUCUCAUGGGCACAUAUUUCCCUUCAUACGCAACUGCAGCAAAAAGCAGCACGAAGCCAUCACUUCCGGAAAUUGCCAAAACAAAGGAAGCCAAGCAGUUAGCAGGGGUCACUCCGUACAAGGUCGUUCGGGGGUCAAGGGACGUUGCUUGGCGACCAAAAUGGAACCCUAAAUGGAGACCGGAUAUGGCCGUUAAGACAGCUAGGUUGUACAAAGGGGAGAGCAGAGGGAAGACUAUUCUCAUUUGGUGCAUGUUUUUUGCAAUUUGUCUUUCAGUUGCAGUUGCUAUGGGGAGUUUUUUUCAGUAGUUUUCUAGUCUGAUUCAAGCAGAGGGCUUUCAAGAACUGGUAAAAAAAAACAUUUAAAAAAACAAACUACGA